GAUGGCUCCGCAAUACGCCCCAAGUCUGCGCUCUCGUUUGGCUCCUUUGCUGCUUUCCUUGCAGAUAGGCUUUAUUGUCAUUUACUAUUUUUACGUAGAAAUUGAAAACAAUGUGAAUGGAAUUACAUUCAGGAACCUUUACUCAGUGUUCCAAGAUUUGAAUGUGAUGGUCUUUCUGGGUUUUGGCUUCUUCAGCACUUUCUUAGUGCGGUAUGGUUUCAGCGGCUCAGGGUUCAAUCUCAUGGCCACCCAAUGGGCACUCAUUCUUAAUGGUAUUGAGUCCUGGUAUUACAGAGGCAAGAUUUGGAUUGACCUGAAAAGCUUGGUGAUUGCUGAGAUGUGCACAUCCUUGGUUCUCAUCUCAAUUGGAGCUGUGCAAGGCAAAACCAACCCUGUCCACCUUGUCCUAAUGGCGCUGCUGGAGGUGUUCGGCUUUGUCUUAAAUGGAUGGCUCCUCCAGACCCUACUGAAGGUGCGACCUUUGAACAGCAUCAUGCUGCUUCACAUCUUUGCUGCUUUCUUUGGGCUUGUACUGACGUGGGUCCUGCACCGGAGCGAAACGGAAUAUGAGAAAGAGAAACUCAACCGCAAAACAGGAUUGUUCUCCAUGUUAGGGACUGUGUUUCUUUGGAUGUUUUGGCCCAGUUUCAACUCCAUCCUCCUCAUUGAGCACUAUUCUCCAGAAAGGAGGCUGAGAGCAGUGUGCAGCACAUACUUGGCCUUGGCUGUCAGUGCUGUAGCAUCCUUUGCUCUAUCUGUGCUCUCCAGUCACAAAGGAAAAGUUAACCCAACCCAUUUCGUGUCAUGCUUACUCGCUGGUGGUGUUGCCGUGGGGGUUGCCAUGCCAGUGAUACAUCACCCAUGGGAGGCUAUGACAAUUGGCCUGACUGCGGCUGUUGUGUCAACUAUUGGGUUCAGGUAUUUCAAGAACCACAUGCUGUUUGCCUUUGACUGUCACGAUACGUGUAGUAUUCUGAGCACACACGGACUCCCUGGACUUCUAGGAUGGCUGGCUCACCUCUUGCUGCAGAUCAAAUAUUGUGACAACCACACAACAGCUAUCCGGUUUGCUGUAUUUCAUAUAUCUGCCCUCUUUAUCACCCUAAGUACAAGCCUGAUCAUGGGUAUCCUAACAGGGCUAAUACUUAAGUGGGACAUCUGGAGACCGCCUCAGGACAAGAAAUGCUUCGAUGAUCAGGCUUACUGGAAGUUUGACCAUCUUGCAGUAUGCAACUAAUGUGAAGAAUUGGACAGUGGAUGUACAGUACACACCUUGUUUAUAAAAGAUGAAUGCAAGACAUGUUUUCUGCUCAAAACUUUUCUUUAAUGAUGCCAUGGUCGCCGAAGAGUGACCCCAUUGUAAGAAAUUAACUUAAAUAAGAAUUUAAUUUGUCUAAGUCUAUUUUAACAAUAAACGACAAAUUUCCUGGCUCACUUGAUGUUUGACCCAUACAAACAUCCUCCAUGACAAGGUUUUUAAUGUGUUUGUGAAUGGUAUUUCCCUCAAUUACAUAUCAUAACAAAAUGUAUUCCGACAGAUUAUAAUGAAAUGAUGGAAUAGUAAGCAUACACAGGAAUUUUGGACUGUUUGAGAAUAUUGAAUUCCCAAAACAAUUACACAAAACUUGUACACAUUUUAACAACACGGGUGGCUGCACAGUGCAGGUACACAUUUUAAAAUGUGUCACAGUUGAAAAUAUUCAACCUGUCAAGGAGUCUUAUGAUUUGUGCUUGUUUAUGAUUCAACAUUUUAAAACAGCAACAAAAAUAUAAAUUAUAUUUGUCAACUCUGAACGCUAAAAAAAGGCUAUGUAAGAAGUGAUAAUCACUGAAGCCUUGCGCAUAUUGUCUCAUACGACAUAGAAAGCAGUGUAUAAUAAUGGACAGACACACGUGGGAGGCGGUUAUUGCCACAGAUCCUCUGUACGUCCAAACUUGAAGACCAAACCCCUGAAUAAAAAAAAAGGAAAUAUAGAAAGAAAGAUAUGUUAGUUAUUCAGCAAAAUACAAAAUAUUGGUCAAAAGGAAAACUGACUUACCCGAAGAAAAUGAAUGCAUUCUGGAAAAAUAUGGCUAUUCCAGGGUACACAACAGGCUUCUCUGCAAAAGACAACAGACAAAUUUUUUGGAAAACUAAUACAUUUGAAAGUGGGAGGUAUUACGGAUAAAAUGGCAUUACCAUUUUUCCAGGAAACAUCUUAAAUUAAAAAAGUCUAAACUACAAUAAUUAAUAUUGAUUCUUUGAUUUCAAAUCACUUGUGGUGUAAAGGUAAUGAGCUAGGGUAAAGUAUUUUGUCACAGCUCAAAUACUUCUGACCAGACUGUAUACUUGUACAUACAUUUAGUAGCUGCAUCAUACAAGCAAAUAGAUUAAAAUGUAGUUGUGUCAAAUUUACUCAUAACUGUCAUACAGCAAAACAGAACACUUGUUAAGUAUGUUUAGUGGCAAGCAGACAAACGGGACUAACCAGGGACUACAAAACCACCAAACAGGAUCCACAUUGAAGCAAUGAGUGAGCCAAAAGCCAUCAUGAAGCCAAUGAAGAGCCACACACGAGCACCUGCAGAAACAGAUAAAAAAAAGGGUGGGCUUCUGGUUGACUGCUGCAUGUAGUAGGUUGCAUGGGGAUUGUCAUGGUAAAUAAAUUAUACACUUAAACAUUAUGAUGACACCCACAACUAAAAUACUUAUAUUAUUGCGUUUGCAGUUCAAUACUGUACUGCACAAGAAACACGUAUCAUGUAACAGUACUAAAAUAAAAUUGAAUUACCUUACGCAGUGCCCUGUGAGCAAAUACAUUAUAACUCAUCAUGUCUCUAAUGCAUACCUGUCUGUCCCAUGCAGCCUUCACUGUAGCUGUCACCUCUCACUUGGCCAUUUGACACAGCGUUUAUCCUAAACAGACAAAGUAGACACAAUCCACAAUCCAAUUACAAUAUUAUUACAGUGACAACAGCUUACAGACUUGCACAGCUUUCCUCAGCAAGAGGAGAGUCAUUUGUAAUUAUUGACUGGGUUACAAUUAGGGAUGUUUCGAUAAGGGUUUUAUGCUGCCAAUUAUGAUACCUAUCGUCCAGGAAUGGAAUCGACCGAUACCAAUACAGACAGAUCACAUUAACUAUUAACAGUAAAUGUAUUAACUUAAAUUUUUUCCAUUUAUUUACGGUGAGUGCUAAUAAUAGUUCAACAAUAUUAACACAAUACUUAAACUAGUUCCUUAUUCUCUUCGUUUGAGUCACACAUCAAGAGUGUUACUAAAACGGCGUUCUUUCAUCUCCGUAAUAUCGCAAAAAUUUGUUCCAUUUUGUCCACUAGCCACGCUGAGAUCAUUAUUCAUGCGUUCGUUAAGUCUCGAUUAAUGUAACAUAUUAUCGGUUCUCCCUAUGUCUAGCAUCAAGAGAUUACAUCUGGUACAAAAUGCGGCUGCUAGGCUUUUGACAAGAACAAGAAAGUUUGAUCAUAUUACGCCUAUACCGGCUCACUUGCAGUGGCUUCUUGAGCACUUAAGAAGUGACUUUAAGGUUUUACUACUUACGUAUAAAAUACUACACGGUCUAGCUCCAUCCUAUCUUGCUGAUUGUAUUGUACCAUAUGUCCCGGCAAGAAAUCUGCGUUCAAAGAACUCCGGUUUAUUAGUGAUUUCCAGAGCCCAAAAAUAGUCUGCGGGCUAUCUAGCGUUUUCUCUUCGGACUCCAGUACUGUGGAAUGUCCUCCUGGUAACGGUUAGAGAUGCUACCUCAGUGGAAGCAUUUAAGUCCCAUCUUAAAACUAAUUUGUAUACUCUAGCCUUUAAAUAGACCCCCCUUUUAGACCAGUUGAUCUGCCGUUGUUUUUCUUUUCUGGUAUGCCCCCCUCUCCCUUGUGUGGCCACAGAUGAAGUGCUGGCUGUCCAGAGUCGGGACCCGGGGUGGACCGCUCGCCUGUGCAUCAGUUGGGGACGUCUCUGCGCUGCUGACCUGUCUCCGCUCGGGAUGGUCUCCUGCUGGCCCCACUAUGGACUGGACUCUCACUAUUAUUUUAGAUCCACUAUAGACUGGACUCUCACAAUAUUAUGCUAAAUCCUCUCAACGUCCAUUGCACCGGUCGCCCGGGGGGGUGGUUGAGUUUUUCCUUACCCUGAUGUGGGAUCUAAGCCGAGGAUGUUGGUUGAUUGGUUGAAUUGUUUCAACUAAACAAGGUCAAUUGUACACAAUAACUAAAGACAAAACUAUUAUAUAUCAAUCAUUUAAAUCCUCACAGUCAAUUUGAGUCCAAGGAAUCCUUCACUGAGUUUUUGUAAAUAUUAAUAAAAAAACAACUCAACAAAUAUUUCUAGAAAAUAAAAAUUUCGACCAAAUCACUCUAGUGGCAUCUACACUACCAAUUUACAUGGAUUUGCCUUCCUCUUACGUGUCGUGUACUGACACACCAAUAGUUGUCAUAUUAUCCUCUCAUGACUGUUGUUAAUUUCCUGUUAAUAACUGCUUACUUUCUGCUGUAAAGUGGUUACUAAGCACUUAUUUCUUGGUGUUGUUUUAAGUGAGCUUAGCAGUUAGCUUAGCUAUUAGCAUGCCUGUUCCUGGCUUGCUCUCAGCAUGCUACCUAAUACAUGAUCAUGUUACUUAAGAGACUAAGACAUGAAGCUAAUUACAGUUUGCUUAGAGGAGCAGCUCCACACUGAGUAUAGAGACACACAAUUAGCUGUUAGCCGCUUGGAAGUGCGGAUCAGCAAUUGUGAUCAGCAUUAAAAUGAAUUAAUCAGCAAUGGCUAUCACAUACUUUUUUCAAAGAAAUGGUCUAAAUACAAGUUUCAUACCAAAAACAAUCAAAUAUUAUAGUAAUGAUGAUUAAGAAUCGGAUUAUCUAAGUAAUAAGGUAGGACAGUAUAAGCUUUCGCUUUUUUCUGCUCCUUUUCGGACACACCAUGUUUCUUUUUAAUUUAGUCUGGUGGCCGAUCGAUCGGCACAUUCCUUGUUAGAAUGAGGUUAAAUUAUAGUACUAGUAGCAAGGAGAGGCACUGUAUGAACACUCUGGCUGUCACAUGGAGAGAGAGGAAGCUUCAGACAUGUUGAGUAAAUGGUAUUGAUUUUCCUACAUGUCUUGGGAUUUUAUCUUUAGGAUGUUGUUUGCAUAUGGAAAUUUGGAUUGUAUUGUGAGAGGCUAUCUGAGCACAAGAUGGGAUGCCCUCGAGCAAGAGACUGCACCUCUUGCCCCAAAUUCAAAAAUGGCAAAAUCAAAUGUUGCACCACAUACAUGCACAGUAUGUGUGCAUUGAUUGUGGUGGAAAAAACCCAAAUGAUCCAUCCCCUGUUUGUUAAAACAGUCUUACAUGAGAAAAGCCACUGUAGCGAUGACUCCACAUGUGUGAUAAGCGUGGGGAAACUCUCCCUGUAGCGGAUACUUCACUGCUGCAUCUAUGAUGAUCCACCAACCAGUGAAGAACUGCAAUGAGACGAGAUCAAAUCAAAAAGCUUAUAUUCUGGUACUGGCUGGCUUCAGUAUUGUAACAGAUGGCACAACAUGUGUAAAGUACGUACAAAUCCAAAUACCAUUUUGCUGUACUAGUUACAACGAAUAAGAUCUAUAUAAACAGCAGACAUUAUCCACCGAAAUAUAGAAAAGCUGCUGAAGGUGUGUUUGACGGAGAAGCAGCUGGAAAGAGAUACUAUAGAAGUUCACUGUCCAAGGUAAAUGCUGUACAUUACAAUUACAUUCUGUCAUAAACUACUGUAGUUGUUUGUAGUACAUUAUAUUGCCUUCAUACAAUAUAUCUUAACUAAAAGCAUUUCACUGUGGUGUAGUCUGCAUGUGACAAAUAAACUUGAACCUUGAAAA